CGCGGAUUCUAAGAGCGGCGGCUUCCCCUGGCCCCCACCCGGAGCCAUUGGGGGUGCCCGGAGGGGACCGAGCGCCCCCUCCCCUCGGAGUGCAGGGGCCGCUCCCAGCCGGACCUCGGCCCCGGAGCGUGGGGUAUGCGCAGCUAACGGUCCCGUCGGACGGGCUUUCCUCGGGCGGAGCGCGCAGGCGGUGCGCCCCAGCUAUGGAGUGUCCCGGGAGACGGCGGGCAUGACGGCGGCAGGAUGGGCGCGAACAAUGGCAAACAGUACGGCAGUGAGGGCAAAGGCAGCUCAAGCAUCUCAUCCGACGUGAGUUCAAGUACAGAUCACACACCAACCCAAGCCCAGAAGAAUGUGGCUACCAGUGAAGACUCCGACCUGAGCAUGCGCACCCUGAGCACGCCCAGCCCAGCCCUGAUAUGUCCACCGAACCUGCCGGGAUUUCAGAAUGGAAGGGGCUCAUCCACCUCCUCGUCCUCCAUCACGGGGGAGACAGUGGCCAUGGUCCACGACCCGCCCCCCACCCGCCUCACCCACCCGCUCAUCCGGCUGGCCUCCAGGCCCCAGAAGGAGCAGGCCAGCAUCGAGCGGCUCCCGGACCACUCCAUGGUCCACAUCUUCUCCUUCCUGCCCACAAACCAGCUGUGCCGCUGUGCCCGCGUGUGCCGCCGCUGGUACAACCUGGCCUGGGACCCGCGGCUCUGGAGGACUAUCCGCCUGACGGGCGAGACCAUCAACGUGGACCGCGCCCUCAAGGUGCUGACCCGCAGGCUGUGCCAGGACACACCCAACGUCUGUCUCAUGCUGGAAACCGUGACUGUCAGUGGCUGCCGGCGGCUCACGGACAGAGGGCUCUACACCAUCGCCCAGUGCUGCCCGGAGCUCAGGCGCCUGGAAGUCUCAGGCUGUUACAACAUCUCCAACGAGGCCGUGUUUGACGUGGUGUCCCUCUGCCCGAACCUGGAGCACCUGGAUGUGUCAGGGUGCUCCAAAGUGACCUGCAUCAGCUUGACCCGGGAGGCCUCCAUUAAACUGUCCCCCUUGCAUGGCAAACAGAUUUCCAUCCGCUACCUGGACAUGACGGACUGCUUCGUGCUGGAGGACGAGGGCCUGCACACCAUCGCGGCGCACUGCACGCAGCUGACCCACCUGUACCUGCGCCGCUGCGUCCGCCUCACCGACGAGGGCCUGCGCUACCUGAUGAUCUACUGCCCGUCCAUCAAGGAGCUGAGCGUCAGCGACUGCCGCUUCGUCAGCGACUUCGGCCUGCGGGAGAUCGCCAAGCUGGAGUCGCGCCUGCGGUACCUCAGCAUCGCGCACUGCGGCCGGGUCACCGACGUGGGCAUCCGCUACGUGGCCAAGUACUGCAGCAAGCUGCGCUACCUCAACGCGCGGGGCUGCGAGGGCAUCACGGACCACGGCGUGGAGUACCUCGCCAAGAACUGCGCCAAGCUCAAGUCCCUGGACAUCGGCAAGUGCCCUCUGGUCUCGGACACGGGCCUGGAGUGCCUGGCCCUGAACUGCUUCAACCUCAAGCGGCUCAGCCUCAAGUCCUGCGAGAGCAUCACGGGCCAAGGGCUGCAGAUCGUGGCGGCCAACUGCUUCGACCUCCAGCUGCUCAACGUCCAGGACUGCGAGGUGUCGGUGGAGGCGCUGCGCUUCGUGAAACGUCACUGCAAGCGCUGCGUCAUCGAGCACACCAACCCUGCCUUCUUCUGAAGGGACAGCUUCCGGCCGCCGCUGUUUUCCUACAGCCAUGAACAAAAGGAACUGUGUGUUUUUAAAGCAGCCUAUGUAAGCACCGACACCCACUCGUAACAGCUCUUUCUUCCAGGAAGGUUCUUAGGCAUCUGGCUUUUGUUUUCUUCUACUGUCUCGGGGGCAGCCGAGGUCAUGGAAAGGAAGGGGGUGGGGUGGGCGGGACAAAGGUCUGUUGCAGUAAACGGUUUUGUUGGUCAGGGCAGGUAGUUUGCAGCAAGUUUCUGUGCUCACAAAAGACGUACCUCAGAAAGCUGAUUCAGUGGCUUUGGAAACAUCCCCUUCUGCCUCUGUCUCCUCCUGAUCACAUUUCCAGGGGCCUACACCCCCAUCCCUCAUUUCCUCACUUCUCCAUAACACAUUAUCGGGAUAAUGAUGCUCUCCUCACCCCCUCCCCCUUAAACUGCUUGAUUGGCCUAAGCCACACUCUUCAAUCCCACACCCAAGCAAAUUCUUGUUAAAUCCAUGCCACAGCGCCUGGUGUAUGUAAAGUACUUGCAAACCUGUUUAGAGAAUCUCUUGCAUCAAGCAGCAUGGUGCAGGAGGAGAGACCUGCAUUUGCCCCCGGCUCUGCUGCCAAUGAGCUCUGUGAUCUCAGGCAAAGCAUUUGACCGCUCUGGGCUUCGGCUGCCAGCACUAAACGAGAGGCCAUCCAGCUCCAGGAUUGGCUUCAUGCCCAGUUUAGGACUGAGGGAACUGAGAUGUCAAUGAACAGAAGUACUGUGGCCUAGAGCACAAGAGGCAUCUACUACCUCUACCAAGAGUGUAAGUUCUAUGGAUGCUUUCGGGAGAUUCAGAAAUGCCAACACCAGUGUCCUCUGUGCCCUUCACUCCAUUCUGAGUAUUACCCCAUCCCUGUUUCUUUGGAUGGGUGAGUCUCCUGGGCAUCUUCUCCCACCCUGCUAGAUCAGCCCACCCCUACCACCAAGAAAUUCCUAACCACAGCAAAGCCCACAUCCCCCAGUCAAGUUGAUCUUUCAAACGGAGAGUUUUCUAAUGGAGGAAAGACCCUCACCGUUUUUAACUAACAAGCAAGGCCCCAAAGAGCACAUGUCCUGCAGUGCACAUGUGGCCUGCAUCAGGCACAUCUGCCCUGCAGCUGGCAGGAACAGACACCUCGGUGCGUUGUCAUGCAGAUCACAUUUCUCCUUUUCUCAUCUAUUUAUUUCUUUGUGCGUCCAGACUUCAUCACAUGAAGCCUGCUGGGGUUAAGUCACAGUGUUUCGUUGUGCAGAUUGCCACCUCGUGUGCCUUCCCCUGUGGCUGUCUGCAUGUUCUUUGUCGAAGAAUGCAGGGCAGGCUUCCAGGUGUUCAGAUACUGUUCACUCGAAAAUGCCAGACAGAUUAAGAGGGGACACACUGAUAAGGCUUUUGGCGCUGGCUCACCAGCCAGGCCCUUGGAAUAGAACAUUAAAAUAACUGCCAAGUAUAAAUUUUAAAUGGUCCUAUUUGGAUAGAAAUCCAUUUGCUAGCCUCGUUCAUGUGAAAUCAGGAUGCCAGAAGAAAUUCCAUUGCUUAUUUUCAUGUAAUUGAGUUGCCUUUUGUUAAUAAACACAUGACCUUUCCCAAAUUGUUCUCUGGCCGUGCCCCUCCUUCAUCACUGUUCAAACCAUUCAUCCUUUCUUUCUGAAAGCGUCCACCAUCCAAACCCAGAAUCUCUGCAUCUCCAGGGCAAGCAUGUGGAAUUUGUCUCAGACUGAGCUUACACACCACUCGACAACUGCACUCCCACUGUAGGCUCCCUGCUUUCCUUUGUCUUAUGUUGGGAAAGAGAUAGAGUGAGGUGGUGUCUUCUCUCCAGUCAACAUCCUCAACAACUUAGAUAUGCAAUCAAGGCCACGAGGGGGGAUGAAUUGUUUGGCUGGGGAUAGUAUCUAGUGAUAGCCAUAGAGCUUAGCACCAUAAAAGGGGUUGAAGAUAGCAUUCCCCUGCUCUGUGACUUGUGACCUUGUCUAACGUUUCAGAAUUUGAGUCACAAAGGAUUGUUUCUAACCCAUGGCACUGGGGUCUUCCAAGUGAGCUGUUUUCAUACUCCCAGAAUGAGACGGGAGAUCCAAAAUGGUUCCCUGAACCAGAGAAGGGGAGUCACAAUACAAAUAUUUUUAUCACCACCACCUAACCACAUCAUCAAAACUGUCUUCCAAACAUGAGACAAAACCAACUUCCAUACUGACUGCCCAGCACAUACUGUCUUUCCCAGUUUCUCCCUUUUUCUCAACCUUCUUUUCCAUUCUGCUUCCCCUUAGGGUGUGAAUCCAUGACAAAGGUUACUGGGGAAAUAGCUCAGCAGAUUUUUAGAGACCAAACAAAAGGCCUCAUAGGAAAUUUAUCUGUUUUAAAACUGCUUCCUUCCUGCCUCUGCUAAAUUGAAUGCUCAUUGUUGUUGUUGUUUUUUUAAUUCUAAUGUUCAAAUCACUGCGUGCUGUAUGAAUCUAGAAAGCCUUAAUUUACUACCACCAAGAAAUAAAGCAAUAUGUUGGUAA